AUGUCGGUUGAAGGUCCAGCGGCUCCAGAUAGAGCAACUUGCAAAUGUAAAUGUUGCGUGAAUAAUUUGAGGAAACAUAGGAGAGAACAAGCUCAAUCGCGCUUGAAGCAUGUUAGGGGUCGGUUUUUGAAGAGACUGGAUACGAAGGACACCAGUUACAAGAUGAUAACAUCCAUUGAAUAUUUGAAUAAUAAGUAUGGGUUGAAAAAGACUUAUUAUAUAGAAAAAUUCAUCAAAUGCAUUCAUAAGAAAAUUGAUACUGAUGUCAAUAAGAUCAGCGACAAUUAUGUUGAUUCAUUGACUCCGUGGGUAAAAGUUAAAUUGUUUUUCUUGUUGAUUGCUUUAUCGCAAAGAGGGGGACCUGAGUACUGGUUAGAGAAGUCAGAUGGCCAUGCUUAUGAGCCUGAAUCAGAUAUGGUUGAAGUUAAUGAUGCUGAUGGCAAGGAGAGUAGCGAUGAACCAGUCGAGCAGAGUUUACGUCAAGAUAAUGAAGAGUCAGGGAAAUCAGUAGAAAGUAAUGCCACCGAGACUAAACAAACAAAGAAUAACAAGGAUGAAAAUGCCAGUAGUAAAAAGGAUAGCAAGAUUUGCUACACCUUGGCUGAACAGGUCAUGAGACAAAAUAUAAAACAAGAUUUCACUGAAGAAGCGUAUACUGAAAAUUAUGUGUUCUCAUCGAUUUGGGCAAACUUCAUGGAAGGUUUAAUAAACCAUUACUUGGAAAAAGUUAUCAUACCACACUCAGAAAUGAAGGUUUGUCAACAACUCUAUAAGCCAAUGAUGAAAAUUAUUUCACUAUAUAAUGAAUACAAUGAGCUUAUUGAAAAGAGUGAGCGGAACGGCUUUUUACCUUUGGCUUUAAACGCAAAUAACACAGGCGACAAUGAAGAAGCUGAAACGAAUGUAACACUAGAGGAAGAUCUAGAUAGAAGUCUUGCAAAAGAUGGUGUAUUGUCGGAAUCUCAAUGUGGAGGACAGCUAUUGAAUGUGGAAAAUGAGGAUAUGGUAACAAAGGAAAGGCUACACAAAGCACAGAAACUUUUAUGGCAGGCUCGACAGGAUAUUCCAAAGACUAUAAGCAAAGAAUUGACUUUGUUAUCUGAAAUGUAUUCGACAUUGUCUGCAGAUGAACAGGAUUACAAAUUAGACGAGUUUGUAGGCUGUGCAGAAGAAUAUAUUGAACUUGAAUAUUUACCAAGUCUUAUUGACCUAUUAUUCAAAAACUCCGGCACACAUCAAUUCUGGAAAAUAAUGAUCGUCUUAGAACCCUACUUUUAUUAUAUUGAAGAUAUCAACGAUGAGGAAGAAGGUAGCGACAUGUAUUACGAUAACGACAAGUUAAGUGACGAUGUCAUAUAUGAUGAUGAUGAUCCUUCUAGGACAUUUAAGCCUGACCCAAGAGUAAUCACAUUAGAAAAAAUAUGCGAAGUUGCUGCUAAACAAAAGUGGAUAUGA